GAUCUCAAGAACAUAAAGGGGAGAGCCGGAAGAGGCAGGACAGAAUGAAAGGGAGUAGGGAGGCUGGCUUUAAACUAAAACAGUCUGUAUUUGUGUAUGGACCAGUUUGUGGUCACCAUUCAUUCAUGUCUGUGCACGUGAACAGUUAAUGUCUCUGACUGGGAAGUAGCUCGUAGAUUGCCUGCAUUGCUUUGUUUGCAGGUUAUGAUAUCUUGUAUUACUGUUGUUGUACAACUUCCCCUCCUAGUUAGAAAGGUUUCUGAAGUUCAGUGAGUGUCCAGGAAGCACUUUUUGACAGAAAGAUGGAGCACAUCUCUUUCCCGCCACUGUCCCGUGUUGCCAUUUGUGGCGGCACCCAUGGAAAUGAGAUGUCUGGGGUGUACAUGGUGAGAGAAAUGCAACAGAAACAGAAGGCAGAUCAAGUUGGAUCAGUUUCUAUAACCACCGUUUUGUCAAAUCCACGGGCUGUGGACGCUUGCAGAAGAUACAUAGACAAAGAUCUCAAUCGCUGUUUCACAGAUGACCUGCUGAGUGCACCCGUAACAGACUCUACACCCUAUGAGCUGAGACGAGCCCAAGAGCUGAACGCUCAGCUUGGGCCCAAAGGAAGCCAAGAGGCCGUGGAUGUGGUCUGUGAUCUCCACAACACCACUGCCAACAUGGGCCUCUGCUUCAUCUUUUACUCCUUAGACUGGAUCACCAUGCACAUUUAUAAAUACAUAAAGAGCAAAAUUACCUCUGCGCCUGUGAGAGCAAUCCAGCUGGAUAUACCCAUGUCUGAGGCUUAUUCCCUCGAGUCGGUGGGCAAACAUGGCUGUGCCAUAGAAGUUGGUCCUCAACCCGGCGGUGUAGUCAGAGCUGAUAUCUUUAACCUGGUGAAAGAGGCACUGGAUCUCACAAUAGAGUGGCUACAGGGAUUCAACUCUGGAAGUACUUUUGAAGGAGGUGAAGUGGAAGUAUACAAUAUGGUGAAGAGUGUAGACUACCCAAGGGAUCCUACAACCAAUGAGAUUACUGCUGCCAUACACCCCGAGCUACAGGACAAUGACUUCAAGCUUCUCCACCCAGGCGACCCCAUGUUCCUGAAAUUUUCUGGCGAGGCGGUGAAGCACGAGGGAGAAGAACUCUACCCUUUCUUCGUAAAUGAAUGUGCCUACUAUGAGAAGAAGAUUGCUUGCCAUUUAGGCAAAAAGUUCAAUAUAACCAUCCCGUCCGUAAGUGUGAAGAAGGACUGAGAAGACGGAGGCAGAAUGAGAUGAACUGGAGAGGUUUUUAAUCAUAAUAACUGACAAAGUAUGUGAACUACAUGUAUGAUCACUUUUGAAUGUCAAAUGAGCACACCUAUGCAACGAAUGACACAAUUUUAUAAAUCAAUAUAGCAGCUCAGUACUGCCUCUGUGAGGUUCAACAUUUAAGACAGGGAACAUGUGCAAUAAAUGCAUUGCACCAGAUAUGCUAAUUUCCAUCUGUUGUCUCUCAUGUGUGAUACCAAAGAUGUUUUUUCACUUGAAUGUUUGAUGUUGCACAGGAGGUGGAGUUAUAAUUCUCCACUAAAUUAACUAGAGGACUUUUUAGGACUGUGGCAAUAAUGUUCAUGUCUAAAUAAAUGGAAACUUAGAUCACUUUUAAGAUGGCGUGUUUUGACUUGACCUUUAUGUGUUAAGAGGCAGAGAAGGGAGAAAAUGUAGAUUAGAAACAUGUAGAUUGAGUCUGGUAUGUUUUAGCAACUUUAAUAUGCACCACGUUCAACUUAAUAUAGCAUGUUUUUACCUUAUGUUUGCCAUUUAGCCCUGAACACAAAGUACAGCUGAGGCUGGUGGUGAUGUAUUUGGACAUAAGUAUUGCAGCAUCUAGAGUCUCGUCGUUAACGUGGCUAAAAAUAAUAAAAGCAAAGCGUCUCAUAUGACAAGUCAAUAGCAAAAGAUCACACGAAAACAACUACAGAAGUAGCCAAAUGUCAAAUGUAUUAAUACAGAGACAAAUACAGUGUGCUUCAGGACACAUAAAAACAUUUACAAAAGCCAAGAGUGUACACAGAUCGGAUGAGUAACAAAACGUCGUGACAAGAAAACAUCACAAUUUGGAUUCCGGUGCAAAAGAAAUCUGUCAUUUUGAAUUUUGACAAACAAAUGUUAGACGUAAAAGACGUAGAUGGAGGAUUUUCACUUACAAAUUUACAAAUUCCAUUGUUAUCCAAAAUACUCAGACUGUGGAGUAUCACCAGCAAACAUUUAAUUCGAUGCAAAAACCUGUAUUUGGUUGUCAAAUCAGUGAGGUAAGGAACAAGAACUGCCUGCAACCAGGAUUAGAAAAACACUUUGAAGUAUUUUAAAAACAGUGAAACUUUACUGUAACAAGUGUUAAAUGGCAGUAGUAUAAUUUGGGGCUGAAACAUUAGAAUUUAAAAUGUUACAAACGCGUCACAGGUUUGGUCGAGUGGCAUCAACUCAGUUUUUUUUUAACAUUCAAAUUAACAGCAUUAAUAAAUAUUAGAUCUGUAAACAAGGUUGACAAUAGGAUGCGAGUGGUUACAUUUUUAGCGAGUGACAUUUUACUGACAUUUACUCAACACAUACCACAGACUGAAAUCAACAAUUACCACAGAAGUCGCAAAUGUCAGUUAAAAAAAAAAGGCAUGCAGAGCAAAAGGAUCCGUAUUUAAGAUUAUACAAAACUCAAACAAAGCAAAAUAAAAAAUAGGCUUGGGUAACACUUUUCAUGCACUAACAGAGAAAGCUAUCCUGGUUUAGUUCAUAACUGUAACUGCGAGUCAGAAAUUUGAGUGACAGUGCCAGUUUGUAAUCUCUAACUGAUUUAAGGGCAAUGUGGUGAGCAGCUUUAGAAGCAAUGGCGACAGAGAAGAAGGCAUUUUUAAAAGUACUGCACACCAACACGGUUAACACCAGG